AUGUUGAGAGCCUCGUCCAUCAGAUCCACUUUACUCCGCCAGCCAGCCUUCUUCAGAGGCGUUGCCACCAAGGAACACGACAUCGUCGUCAUUGGUGGUGGCCCAGGUGGGUACGUUGCUGCCAUCAAGGCCGCCCAGGAAGGGUACAAUGUCGCCUGUAUCGAAAAGAGAGGCGCUCUCGGGGGUACCUGUUUAAACGUCGGGUGCAUUCCAUCCAAGUCUUUGUUGAACAACACCCAUUUGUACCACACCAUCAAGCACGAUACCGUCAAGAGAGGUAUCGAGGUCGGUGAAGUCAACAUCAACAUUGCCAAGUUGCAGACCGCCAAGGAUACCGUUGUUAAGCAGCUCACCAGCGGUAUCGAGUCUUUGUUCAAGAAGAACGGUGUCACUUACUACAAGGGUACCGCCUCUUUCGUUGAUGCCAACAACGUCUCCUUUGCCCCAACCGACGGCUCCGAGGAAACCAUCCUUAAGGCCAAGGACAUUAUCAUCGCCACCGGUUCCGAGCCAACUCCAUUCCCAGGUAUCCAGAUCGAUGAAGAGAGAAUUGUCUCCUCCACUGGUGCGCUUGCCUUGAAGGAAAUCCCAAAGAAGAUGGCCAUCAUCGGUGGUGGUAUCAUCGGGUUAGAAAUGGCGUCUGUCUGGUCCAGAAUUGGCACUGAGGUAACCAUCAUCGAGUUCCAGAACGCCAUCGGUGCCGGUAUGGACGGUGAGGUCGCCAAGACCACGCAGAAGUUGUUGACCAAGCAGGGCUUGAAGUUCAUGUUGGGGACCAAGGUCACCAAGGGUGUUAGAGAAGGCGAAACCGUCAAGAUCGAGGUCGAGUCCGUCAAGGAUGGCAAGAAGUCCGAGUUGGACGCCGACGUUUUGUUGGUUGCCAUUGGCAGAAGACCAUACACCGAAGGCUUGGGCGCCGAAAAGGUCGGUUUGGAUAUCGACAACAGAGGCAGAUUGGUCAUUGACUCCGAGUUCAGAACCAAGGUUCCACACAUCAGAGUCAUUGGUGACGUCACCUUCGGUGCGAUGUUGGCCCACAAGGCUGAGGAGGAAGGUAUUGCCGCCGUUGAGUACAUCAAGAACGGUCACGGUCACAUCAACUACGCCAACAUCCCAUCUGUCAUGUACUCCCACCCAGAGGUUGCUUGGGUCGGUCAGACCGAAGAGCAGUUGAAGGAGGCUGGCAUUAAGUACAAGACUGGUAAGUUCCCAUUCAUUGCCAACUCCAGAGCCAAGGCCAACCAGGACACCGACGGUUUCGUCAAGUUCAUCGCUGAAGCCGAGACCAACAGGGUCUUGGGUGUCCACAUCAUCGGGCCAAACGCCGGUGAGAUGAUCGCCGAGGCUGGCUUGGCUCUCGAAUACGGUGCCUCUACCGAGGACGUUGCCAGAACCUGUCACGCCCACCCAACCUUGGCCGAAGCCUUCAAGGAAGCCGCUUUGAUGACCCACGGUAAGGCUAUCAACUUCUAA